AUGUCAACUCCAACAAAUCCCUCGACUGCCCGAACCCCAACCGGACCAAAUGGCGCGCCUCUCAGAAUGCGUCGCCCGAAAGCCGCGGAUCCUUUAGUUCGACCAAAGCGACGACCUUUACCCAAAGCAGCCACAGCGGCAGUGGGUAGCUACAGGACCGCUACUAAAACCCUUCCCUCGCGCCCAUCAGAGUCUGCCUCUGUUUUCCAAUCAGAUAGACCUAUGAUCGAGCUUUCAAACAAUGAGAUGUCGGCCAACGGAUUCAGUGGACCUCUUCUUAGCGACAAAUACUGUGACUAUCCGGUGGUGACCACAAAACGGGCCCUCAUGGAAGGACUAAAGCACCAUGUUGCGCGAUUCGCCUCCAAGAAAAGCGUCGACCCACGCGAUGAAUCGCAAUUUACCAGACCCGUUCGACUUCACCGCCGGGACCCGCGUUCGCGAACACACGAUCCAAAUGCAGGCAGAACCGAGGUAGACGGCGAGCCGAUGGAUGCAGCCGAGCGUGAGGCCUAUGAUGCCAGAAAGGAUGCCCGCGAAAAAGAGCGUGCCCAGAACUUAGCUCAAAUCGCCCCUGCACUUGGGUCAACCUCGAAACGACCAAACGCCCCAAAACAGAAGACACAGCAAGUUUUCAAGUCGGACAUGACACCAGAGGAGAUUGCAAGAGCGCGGAUCAAGUAUGAGGAGGCUUUGCCCUGGCAUUUGGAGGAUUUCGACAACCAGCAUACUUGGGUAGGAAACUAUGAGGCAGCCUUAUCCGAAACCCACGCAGUGUUCAUCCCGGAAAACGGCAAAAUGCGAAUGGUGCCAGCUGAGAAGUGGUACAAAUUCAACGCGAAGAGUAAUUUCAAGGCUUUGACAAUCGAGGAAGCCGAGAAAUUCAUGGCGAAGAGAGUAAAAGAUCCGCGUUGGUUCAUGGAAAAACAGCAACAGAUGGAACAAGAGAGAGAACUAGAAACCUAUGCCAAACAGCGCAAAGUCUACGCCGGAAAGCAAGGCGCACAGGGUGGCAAGGGCGAGGGACUGGAGGCCGGUGAAAUGGAUUUCGAAGAAGAUCGAUUCGCCGACGACGAGGAGCAUGAUGACCUUUUCAAUGAAGACGAAGACGCCAAAGACGCCGAGAAACGGAUCAAGGAAGACCAGCUCAAGGCCAACGUGUUCAAUCUCAAGGAUGAAAAGGAAUACGACGCAGAGGAGGUUCGAGAGAAGCGGGAGCGGGAAGCUCGACGUGUCUUGGGCAAGGGUGUUCGUAAGGCGCUGAAGAAGAGAGAAAGGAACUACGACUACAGCAGCGGCUCGGAUGCUAACCCCUACACGGACGAGGAGAGCUCUGACGACAGUGAGACCGAGCGUGCCAAGGAAGAAGAGCGCAAAAAGGCAGAAGAAGAAAAGAACCAGAAAGAUUCUGCGGCCUCAUCCAAGGGCAACAAUACACCCUCUGGCCGACCCAAACACACAGACGCGUUGAAAAAAGCAGCUGGAUCUCGGAAGAGACUUGGGUCGCCAAACGCAUCCGACGCCAGCGGCACUGAUACUUCCCGCAAGAAGGUCAAGAACAUGCACAAUCUCUCUUCCCAGCCACCAUCCCGCCCGAUCUCUCCCUCGGCACUGCAGACUGGCAAGAAACGCGUGCGAGCUAACGCUCCCGGUGGUGCGGGAUCUGGCAGUGAUGCUGAUACUGGAGUCGGUUCUGGAGCUGAAAUGACAGAAAAUGGCAAGAUCAAAAAGCUCAAGCUCAACCCACCCACUGGCUCCCGAACUGGCACCCCGCAAGGUUCCCGGGCUGGCAGUCCCAUUGCUGGCCGACCUCCUGGAAGCCGUGCAAGCAGCCCUGAGGGCCCAAUGAAACGUCAAGCGCGUGUCUCAACCCCUGUAUCGGGCAACCAAACGUUCCCUACCGCCGGGGAAAUCCACGCUGCCAUUCCGGCCACAGGAAUCGUGAGUAGUGACUUGCUGAAGAUCUUCCGACCUCGCAUUGGCGGCUCCAAGGAGAGCCACCGCAGAUUCAUUGCUAUCGUAAGGGACGUCAGUGUUUAUGGAAAAGAAGAUCGCAUGCUGCGCCCUGGUAACUGGAAAGGAAACUGA